AUGAAGGCAAAACUUCCUUGCUUCGUUACUUACCUAUCGGUACUUGUUUUUGGUGCUGUCUCCUCGACUGUGGCCCCAAUAGGAUGCCGGAAGCUGAGUACAGAUCACGACUGGCCUGCUCCCGAGGUUUGGGAAGCCGCCAUUCCAGGCGUCAUCCAGCAGAAUGGUAGUGACGCCCAUGGCAGGCUUCCUGAUUACCGUGUGCGAGCUGUGAACGCAUCUGUUGUCCAGGCAGCAGUACAAUUCGCUUCGAAGCAUAACAUUCGCCUUUCGGUCAUCACCACCGGUCACGAUCAGUUAGGCCGGAGCGAUGCUGGAUCUGGCCUUAUUAUUGACUUAUCCCUCAUGAACAAGGUCAACGUUCUCGACUCGUUUACUCCAACUAUGGAUGGUGCUGCCAGUCCUGAGUACUCUAUCGACGCGCCGAAUGUGAUCAAUCCCCAGCAGGGCGUGCAAGCUGCUGUCACAUUUCAGCCUGGUGUUACCGGACUGGCUCUCAACUACGCAGUAUCUCCCUCAGGACUCUUCACAGUCAGUGGUGCAGCCGCUGGGGUGGCUGUCUCCGGAGGAUGGGGACAGAACGGCGGCUACGGCCCAUUAACUGCGCAGUAUGGUCUCGGGGUUGACCAGUGGCUUGAAGCAAAGAUUGUGACUCCAGAUGGGGAGCUCAGGAUCGCAAACAGAGUGUGUAAUCAAGACCUUUUCUGGGCCAUUCGUGGAGGUGGCGGAGGGACCUUUGGUGUAGUUGUCGAAGCCACCUGGAAGGCACACGCUGAUAUUCCCAUGACUGGGUACAAUUGGUACAUCAACUCGACGAUCACAGGUUCGGAUGUGUUCGACUCGAAGACCGGAAGUACGCCAGUCAGCGACGCCAUGCAAUAUCUAUUCGGAGAGUUGCCCAGACUACAAGAAAAGGGCAUCAGCGCUUUUAUUUACGUCGAUGUUAGCUCCGUCAGGUGCUACGCCGUCCAUCCCGGGAAUGCCUCCGGAAUCGCCAACGCUAAUGCCGUCUGGGGACCAAUCCUUUCCAAAAUGCAAUCAUAUCCCGACAUGACGCCAUUUCAAACUAAGCCUUACAACUUCGACAACUAUAGGAACUUCUUCGAUACGACAUACGGACCUCUCAUUCUCGAAACGGGUCCGAAACCCCAGCCAAGAAAUCACGGAAUAUACCCAUACGACAGCCGCCUCCUAGCCCCUGAGCAUCUUCGAGAUCCAAACAUCAUAAACGCGUUGAAGGGGGGCCUUGGGACUUAUGGAGUACUCAUGACUGCACCGGGUUCAUCGCAAGGCUCUGGCGAAGACACCUCGGCGAAUCCGGGGUGGAGGAGAGCGGUGGUUCACCUCGUUGAUGGACCAAGCGCCAGCGGACUGCGAACCCUUGCUCCAGACAUGGGUGCCUACAUCAACGAGGCAAGCGUCGCGGAGAAGAAUUGGACCCAAUCCUUUUGGGGUGUCAACUACGCCAGGCUGUCAAUGAUCAAGUCGAAAUAUGAUCCGAACAUGGUGUUCUGGCAAACUCCUGGGAUAAAUGCUCACUACAUGCAGUCUAUCGAUGGACGAGCAUGCUUAGUUCUCCCCCCACCUUUGACGCCAUCUGAAGUUGCCCCUCCGAGUGAUCGAGUUGUUCCUGCAGAUCCCGUAGCAGACGCGCAGUUCCUCUUUGGCUCGUUGGAGUUGAUUGGUGUCAACUACCCGGCUCCAGGUACCCAAAUUGGCUUGCAGCCUGAGUCAUCCUAA